AUGCCAUCACCGCGGACAGUGACCCAGAGUGGGCCAGAGCUGCGAAGCCCCAAGGAGCCUGAGGAGCCACAGACCCCAGCCCAGGGCACCCAGCGGAAGAGCAGCAGGGUAGAGCCCAGCGCCCACCGUGAGGAGGCCACAAAGCCGGGCCUGGGCACCUUGAGGCGGGCCUUCUGCCGGGCAAGCCAGCGAGCCUCGACCUCCAGGUUGGACCCAGGCCUGCUCAGGCAAAGCUCCCGCUCCCUGUUCCGGUCCUUCCGGCGUGCCCUGGAGGAGGGCCCAGCUGCCAGCCAGUCCCACGUCACUGCUGGGCCAGAGAUGUCCUCGAGGGUCAUGGAUGGUGUCAGUGGGCAGGCAUCCACUGGGCUGCGGCCUGAGAAACUGGAACCCGAGGCAGAAGGCAAAUCCGUGGCCGACCUCAUCACUGAACGGCAACUACUGGCUGCCUUCGAACAGCUGCGGCACCUGGAGACGCAGCUGGUGGCUUCCAAAGCCUCGGGCACCUUUGAGCAGGACCCCACGGCCUUUGCGCGGCGCGCCAUGGACUUGUGUCUACAUUACGACGGGCUGGCAGCCGAGAUGGGAGCCAUCGUGCGCGAGACGCUGGGGUCUGAAGGCGUGCACGCGGCGGUGCUGGCCGAGCUGGCCCAAGUGGUACGCGCCGAAGAGGAGGCCCACCCGGCGCCCCCUGCCGACGGCGACUUCCUGCGCACGCCCCGCCGCUGGCUCCGGCACUGGGAGGACGCGGUGCGCCGCAGCGUGCAGGAGCGCGUGCAGCGGGUGGGCGCGGGGGAGACCUCGGGGGCGGCCGAGGGCGCGUCGGGCCUGGCGCAGCUUCUUGCCGAGCUCGGUGGCUUGGUUCGCCGCGACCUGCAGAAGGUGCGGCUGGAGGUGCAGCCGGCUUACGCGGCCGCCGGCUUCCCGGCGUGGGAGGUCUACCUGCGCGCCUUCCACGGCGCGGUGGCCCAGCGCCUCCAGGAGCUGGCGCUCGGCGCCCGCGGCUGCGAGCAGCUCUAUCUCCUGCUGGACUGGGCCGCCAAUGUCUACGGCAGUCCUGGCUUCCUGGGCGCCCUGGACCUGGCGCUGCCCACGGAGCCGCUGCCCCCGCUCCUGGCACCCGAUGUAUGGGCCCGACUGGAGAGCGACUACACCAGCUUCCUCGAGACCAAGAUCACGAGCUGCUUCGAUCGCAUCCUGCAGAUGGAGCGGAGUCGCUGGGCGGCCGCCGAGGCCCCCGAUGUCCUGCAGGGCCUCUACCACGCGCCGCUGUCCAUUGACACCCACAUGCUCGUGGCCGAGCACGUGAAGGCGGCCGGCGCUAUCUCCGCGGAGCUGGAGGCCACCACCCUGCGGAUCUGCGCGCGGGCGCUCGGCCUUUUCGUGCCCAGGUUUGAAAAGGCUUUUCUGGAGUCGGAGGCCGUGAGCGCGCCGCACUUGGGCGCCUACAUUAACGCCUGCGAGGAGCUGAGGACCAGUCUUAUGGCCAGGUUUCCGGGAGCCCUAGAGGAGCUGGAGAAGCCCCUGGUGGCUGCAACCUGCAGUUUUCAGAAGCACCUACUUGAGGGUUUGCAGCGUGACGUGCAGCCGCUCUUCAAGGCCCUGUGCACAAAGGGCUGGCUGACACAGGACACACUGCACCCUCUCAUGGACAAAGUGGUAGUCUUUGCCCACCAUCUCAAGCACGUGGCCCGGUCAAGGGCACAGGAGACUCUGCAGGAGGUGCACCGUUUUGUGGUCCGUGAGUACCUAGCACAGGUGCUCAGGCCACGUGAGCGGCUCCGGGGUGACGAGCGUGUGAGUGGUGCCCAGAAGAUGAGCCUCGAUGCCCAGGCCAUUGGUGACACCUUCCAGAGCUUGGGCUCUGAGGCCACAUGGCUGGACCUAGCCAUCCCUUGCGUAGCCGAGAUCCUGGGCGAGACUUACAAAGAGGACAUCCGGCGACAUCUGGAGAAACUCAUCGGAAGCUACCCCGACAUCAGGCGGGACCACAUUCUGGCCAUCCUGGCACUGCGCAGGCUGGGUCGCCGGCGGAACCAGAGCCUCUUGCAGCACGCCCAGGACCUGCUGAGAGCUGUGGCCGAGGCAGCGGGCUCAGGAGCUGCCAGGGACCGCGUGCUCUUUGAGGAGAUCGAGGUGCCCACCUCUGUGGAUGUGCUAAUUACCUGCAUCUAG